GGUGCUGCUCUUCCCGGGCCAGGGCAGCCAGACGGUGGGCAUGGGCCGCGGGCUGCUGCGCUACCCGCGCGUGCGCGAGCUCUACGCCGCCGCGCGCCGCGUGCUGGGCUACGACCUGCUGGAGCUGAGCCUGCGCGGGCCGCAGGAGGCCCUGGACCGCACCGCGCACUGCCAGCCCGCCGUCUUCGUGGCCUCGCUGGCCGCCGUCGAGAAGCUGCACCACCUGCAGCCCGCGGUGAUUGAGAACUGUGUUGCUGCUGCUGGAUUCAGUGUGGGAGAAUUUGCAGCCCUGGUGUUUGCUGGAGCCAUGGAAUUUUCUGAAGGUCUGUAUGCAGUGAAAAUCCGUGCUGAGGCCAUGCAGGAAGCCUCGGAAGCCAUCCCCAGUGGGAUGUUGUCUGUCCUCGGUCAGCCUCAGACCAAGUUCACCUUCGCCUGUUUGGAAGCCCGGGAGCACUGCAAGACUUUGGGCAUAGAGAACCCCGUGUGCGAGGUGUCCAACUACCUCUUUCCUGGCUGCAGGGUGAUUUCCGGACACCUGGAGGCACUGCAGUUUCUCCAGAAGAAUUCCUCUAAGUAUCACUUCAGACGCACCAAGAUGUUGCCGGUUAGUGGAGGGUUCCAUACCCGCCUCAUGGAGCCAGCCUUGGAGCCCCUGGCGCAAGUUCUAAAGGCAAUCGACGUCAAGAAGCCGCUGGUUGCCGUGCACUCAAAUGUCGACGGGAACAGAUACAUGCAUCCGAAACACAUCCGGAAGCUGCUCAUCCAGCAGGUGGUCUCCCCGGUGAAGUGGGAGCAGACGAUGCACGCCAUGUACGAGCGGGGGAAAGGCACUGAGUUCCCCAGGACUUUUGAAGUGGGACCCGGGAGGCAGCUGGGAACCAUCCUGAAGAACUGUAACCUGCAGGCCUGGAGGUCCUACAGCCACGUGGAGGUGCUGGGGGCUGACGAGGACCUGGAGGAGGACCCGUAGGGGGAGUCUCCCGGUGACCACGGGGUGGGGCGGCUCUGAGAGGAGGCUGUGCGCGGGCCUGCCCUGCCUCCCUGUUGGGCUUCCUCCUCCGAGUGAUUGGGAGGGACUGUCUGCAAAGUGCUUUGAAUGCCACAUAAAAAGCACUAAAAAUGAGUAUUUCUUCACA